CCAGCUGGCCGUGCACACUCAGCACUUUCCAGCAGCGUUAUUUAAAGCCGGCCAACAGCCCAGUGUCCCUUUUCUUUCCCUCCCCCUGCUCGGCCCGUGCAGCUGGACUUUCCUCCUGCAGCCAUGAGCUCCGGAGCGGCGGCAGGGCCGAUCUUCGCCGAGGGCGAGGACUGCCGGGCGGCCUGGAGGGAAGCCACGGCGGGCUACGACGAGCCCGACGCGCACCUGGAGAUCCUGGGCAAGCCGGUGAUGGAGCGCUGGGAGACGCCCUACAUGCACUCGCUGGCCGCCGUGGCCGCGUCCAAGGGCGGCCGCGUGCUGGAGGUGGGGUUUGGGAUGGCCAUCGCCGCCUCCAAGGUGCAGCAGCUUGGCCUCGACGAGCACUGGAUCAUCGAGUGCAACGAGGGCGUUUUCCGGCGGCUGGAGCAGUGGGCCGAGGCACAGCCACACAAGGUGGUGCCCCUGAAGGGGCUGUGGGAGGACGUGGUGCCAACGCUGCCGGAUGGGCACUUCAGUGGGAUCCUGUACGACACCUACCCGCUGUCGGAGGACACCUGGCACACGCAUCAGUUCAACUUCAUCAAGGGCCAUGCCUUCCGCCUGCUGCGGCCCGGAGGGGUCCUCACCUACUGCAACCUGACCUCGUGGGGGGAGCUGCUCAAGACCAGGUACAGCGACAUCGAGAAGAUGUUUGAGGAGACCCAGGUGGGGCCGCUGCUGGAGGCAGGCUUCAGGCGGGAGAACAUCAGCACCAGGGUGAUGGAGCUGCAGCCGCCCCGCGAGUGCCGCUACUACUCCCACCCCAGGAUGAUCACCCCCACCGUCCUCAAACACUGAGGGGCCCCGGGGAGCAGGAGCUGAGGAGGAGGAGAAAAGCUCUGAUCUCCUUUAAAGCCCCUGAGAGAUCCAAGCUGAUUCACCCAGAGGUGGGUGGAAGCUUGGGAUAGAUUCCAGAGGACAAAGGACAGGAAAUCCCCUGCCCCAGGAGCCCCCUGCCCUGGAAGGGUCUUGUGGGCUCUGUGGAAGAUCUCACCCUGCUCUGUCCCCUCAAGACUUCAAAUUCUCAAUUAAGCUGUAAUUUCAGAGUGGGGUUCAGAGCCUCUGGCCAAACGGGCUCCAGAACCAGCCAUUUCCUCUAAAAACUGCAUCAUUUUGAGAAAUCACAGGGUGGCUUCCCACUAGAGUCAAAUAAUCCAAAGCAGGUGGGAGAAAUGGGGCAAUGUGAGGCCUUUUGAGGCAUUUCAACUUCUCCUAAAGCAACUCCCAAGGGAGGUUUCCCAACAUUUUCGACCAAAGCCCACGGCAGCAAAUCCUGACCCCAACACCCCCUCACAGCUCAAUAAAUGAUGUUUCCUCUCUCCCCAGAAGGGAUAAAGUCCAUUAAAAGGAAUGAAAUACCCAAA